AUGUUACAAUCGUGACAAUGAGUGUCAGAUUCUUGAAUGCUUCAGUAAGUUUCAAGAAGAUCAACUAGAAGAAAAAUGAAAACGGCAAAAGUUUAAGAUUAACCCUGGAGCGGGCCUGCAAUCUCGAGGAUAUUAUGAAUGAGCGGAAAUAAAAAAUGUCUAGUCUGAAGAUGAAGAAAUUCCCAACAAUAAAGGGUGUGUUUGAGAAUAUCAGGGGAAGUGUGAGCAGUGGAGAGAAAUCUGCCACAUCCUGGUUUACUUCCUUAUUUAGUUCUAGCCAUCCUGAUGGAAUCCCAGCUCGGUUAGAGAGUGAGAUAAUCGAGGCUCUAGUCCCAGACUAUUUCCGGUUGGAGAAAACCAGUCUGCAUGGGUUCCCAUUUAAACCAACUGCCGCGGCAUUUGAUCCUGUUCAAAAGGUUCUCGCUAUUGGGAAUAGGCAUGGAAGCGUACGGUUGCUUGGAAGACCGGGGUUAGACAUUACUUUUCAUCAUGACUCCCGAAGUUCUGUGAUACAACUGCUAUGGCUGGUGAACACUGGUCAGCUGAUAUCUGCGUGUUGUGAUGACACUAUUUACCUUUGGGACGUGAGGAAAAGUGAAAUUGAAUUAUUGCAAAGUUUGCGAUUCAACCGAGAAAGCAUAACAUGUAUAUAUUCAGCUUUACGGUCGAAAUGGAUGUAUGUGGGAACAGACAAAGGAAAUGUUCAUGUUAUGAAUCUAGAUUCUUUCAGUCUUUCCGGGUAUUCUAUAAGUUGGAACAAAGCUAUAGACAUGAUGCAGAAAACUCAUCCUGGUUGCGUCACUCAUUUAUCAGAGAACCCAGCUGAUUCCUCUAAGCUGCUGAUAGGGUUUGAGACUGGAUCACUCUGUCUGUGGGAUCUCAGUAAUAAAAAAGGAGACCAGAGAUAUUCGUACAAUAAAAAGUUCACCUCUGUCAGCUGGCACUGGGAGGGUCGGCAGUUUGUUUGCAGUUGUUCUGAUGGAUCCUUGGUCACGUGGCAGCUUAGACCAACAGCUGGUAAACCAAGCGCCGUCAUUUUCCCACACAAGAAGAAAGGGGAUGAGGUAGAGGAUAUGGCUUCUAUUGAUAAGGUUGAGUGGGUGGUGAGUAGAGAUGGAGAAUCCUAUUUUAUAUUUUCUGGAGGAUUACCCCAGGAUGUUACAGGAGCACAACCGAGUAUUACAGUAAUGCAGGGUAAGAAUGUAACAGUAUUGGAAAUGGAGUUCUGUGUUUUAGACUUUUUACUGAUAACAGAUAGUGUAUACAGAUCUGAGAUUUCGAACCCUGAAUCAAUCUUGGUGCUGCUGACCAAUGACCUGGUGGCUAUAGACUGCCGGGCAACUGGGUUGCCCAGCUACGAAAAUCCUUAUGCAAUGGAUUUUCAGGCUGGAUGGUCAGGUAGAGAAUGGCCUGUAUCUGGUGGAGUAGAAACUGGAAAGGACGGAGGGAUCUCACAUUUUGAACUCGUAGUAACUGGGCAUGCUGAUGGUUCAGUUAGGUUCUGGGAUGCAAGCAGUAACUGUAUGCAGGCCCUAUGUAGGCUUAGAACACAAAAACUUUUUGAAAAGAAUAAGAACGGUAAGGUAGAUGUACUGGAGGAAGACCCAUACGCAAUCACUGGUAUUGUGCUCUCACAGGACUGCAAGCAGCUCCUAGUUGCCGGUCAAACUGCACAGGUUAUCCUGUUUAAAUUCGGUAAAAAGGAUGGAGUUGGAGAGGUGGCUUGCCUAGAAAUACCAAUCAUUUAUGAGGUGAAAAGAAUUCUUCUUGUCUUUAUGCAAAAAUCAUUUAAUUAUAAACAUUCUGCAUUUUUAUACUUUUCACCACUCAAGGUUCGGGCUGGUCAGUUAAAGAAACCUGCUGGAUACCAACCAGAGCUAACCUGUCUCACCCCUUGGGUAAACACAGAGCCCCCUUCUCCUAUCUCCUGCCUCACCCUGAACCCUGUAUUCGGACUCCUUGCCUAUGGGAACGGAUCUGGACUGGUUAUUGUCGACUUUAUCCAGCAGAAAUGUUUAUUAAACAUGGGUACUGCUGAUCUGUACGGGAGUAACGACCCAUAUCAGCGCAUGCCGCGUUCUCCACGCCUGCUGCCGGCCAGCCCAUCUGAUGACGUCAUUGUGAAGGUUGACCUCAGUAAUUAUUCACAAGUAACUAAAUCAAAGGACGAGGAGAAGAAAGAUGAGAAGACAGAAGAGAAUGGAACCCCGAAGGAGAACCUGAAUGUAACCCUGAGUACCGGAGUUAAAGCCAAAAAUCGUCCUCGUCCUCUACAAAAAGCCGGGACGGGUAGUUCAGCUGAGGAGAAUAGUUUGAGUAAAUCUAGGAGCUCAAGUGUUGGAAGCAUGGAUCAGAUUGUGGAGGGGGAAGGAGUUACUGCUCUCCACUUUGGGACAUCCUUCCCCAACCGUUUAGAUUUCGAACUUUCUUCAUGUCUCUUCAUCGGGACAUCCCUGGGUUCUAUUCUUAUCAUUGUUAUUCAGCUACCAGAGACUGGAGAACUUAGAGAGAGUGACCCUGUGAUAGUAUCUCCAAGUUGUUCUCUGCUCAAGCUACGGUCUGCAGUACUAGAGAUGGGACUCUUAGACUCAUCCUUCUCCUUGAUGGAUCGUCCUGAUCCUCCUCAGGGUAUCCGGCACACCAGUAGGGCAGGACAAGGAGCUCCAGCCACACCUCAAGCCACGCCUCAGGGAGAUCAGCAGGUUCUAGCAGUGUGUACGGAGAAGGGCGUGUCAGUGUUUGCCCUCCCAAGCCAAAGAUUGACGGCUAGCUCCAUGUUCUCCGAGGGUGUGACUGGUAUUCGUAGUUCUAUACUAAGCUGGGGCGGAGCUAAAAUGUCUCCUCUUAUUCUUAUAUUUACAUCCGACGGAGGAAUCAAAGGAUUCUCUCUCCCAUCUCUCCGUCCUAUGAUAGAGAGCAAUCUGGUGUCUGUCAACUCUCCGAGGAUAUCCAGGACCCUGAGAUUUUCCACUGGAGGGAAUGGAGUAUAUUUCACCAACCCAAACCAAAUUCAGAAAUUUAGCGUUAAUGCCGAGUCUAUCAAGUCACACAGAGAAACCUGUGGUAAACUUUUCCAGGACAACAUAGAGAUGCCGGAGGCCCCUAAACAAGGGUUCCUCAAGGGACUAUUUGGAGGAGGACCUAAACCUCUAGAUAGAGAAGAACUGUUUGGAGAGAGUUCAGGAAAAGCUUCCUCGUCCCUGGCUAAAACUAUACCUGGAGCUAAACUCAUGGAUCUCCAGGGGAACAGUGGUGGUGCAACUAGUGAGGUUGCCAAGGCUAAGCAGGCAAUCUGUGAACGAGGACAGAAACUAAACGAGAUUGAAGACAGGACGGAGAUGAUGUCAAACGAGGCUAAGAUUUUUGCGGACAAUUCCCACAACAUGAUGCUGCAUUUCAAGAAUAAGAAAUGGUACCAGUUGUAAGAUCAAUCAAUCAAAUACAUAUUCAUAUUUACAUUCCAUGAUAUGGACACUAUCUAGUGUCUAGUGUCUAGAACACUUCUAGACAAUUGUUUACAAUACCAGGUUUUUUACCCGACAUCCAAAACCAAAGAUAAUUUAAUCACUAAUCUAUAGAAGUAUGUUCAUCAAAUCAAAUAAAUUGAAAUAUUAAAAACUUCAAAAAGUAUAAAUAUCUCGUGAAACAAAUUUUAGGGCAUUGAAUCAAUUAUGAACCCCAAGCUUUCUCUGUGAACAGUUUUGAUAGAUGAAUAUGUGAUUAUAAUUUAAAAUUUGACGGUUCAUCUACUCUAGUCAAAAUUGAUUAAUUAAAAAAUUUCAAAAUCUUGUGAAACUUUUUUUGUUAAAGAUUAAUAAUAUCUUGUUGAUGUGGCAA